AUGUUGAAAGAUUUGGGCACAUUGGAGUAUUUCCUUGGUAUGGAGGCAACUUGGACCGCUGAUGGACUUUUGUUAACUCAACAAAAGUAUAUACUUGACUUGCUUCACAAAGCACAGAUGGGAGACUGCAAGGGAAUCUCCACACCAGUAACUCCAAAAGAUAAGAUGUCUACUAUACAAAGCCGCCCAAUGAGUGAUCUCACGUUAUAUCAGAGUAUAGUAGGUGGAUUGCAAUACUUGAGUUUAACCCGACCCGAGGUCUGUUAUUCAGUUCACAAGGUUUCUCAGUUUCUUCAUGCACCUACUGAGGAUAAUUGGUGUUCGGUUAAGUGUAUAUUGAGAUAUCUCAAGCACACUGUUGGUCAUGGUCUUUACAUCUCCAAAUCGGCAAACACAGAUUUGAAUAUAUAUACUGAUGCUAAUUGGGCGAGUAACAUUGAUGAUCGCAAGUCUACCACAGGUUAUGCUAUUUUCAUGGGCACAAAUCUCAUAUCUUGGAAUUCCAAGAAACAACAAACAAUUGCUUGUUCAUCAACAGAGGCUGAAUAUCGAGCUAUUGGUGUAAGACCCCGCUCACUAGAAAUAUCUAAAAGUAUUGGAGUUGCUGUUGGAAUGCAAUAUCGAUUUGCUUUGCAGCGGGUUGCAUCCUUUUGA